GACUGGUGACAUCAGUCGUGAUGUGACACAUGACUCAUGACUGACAUGACUUGGUGCAUGUGAGUUCCCUUUCAUCCUUUCCUUUCUGUGUUUUUAUUUUUCAUUCCAAAUUCCAAAUAAAUUAAAUAACUCUUUUACUGGUAAAUUGGUUAUACAAAUUAAAACAGCUAAUAUAAAAAGGUGCCAAAAUAGUCGACAUAAUGUCGAAAAUAUACAAACAGCCUCCCCAUUGCAAGGGUAUCGAAGAUCAUCAAAAGUACCUGUCCAGAAUUACAAAAACUUUGUAUUAUGGUAAAUUGCCAAAAAAUGAAAUGCUAAGUUUGCCAGUAACAGAAUUGGCUGUAGAAAUAUUUUCUGAAGCACAAAGAGGCAAAUCCUUAAACCGGCUGCAACUUAACACUGCAGCCCGAAUAUCAAGAAAUGCUUGUGUAUCCCCUUGCUCUCUGGUUUUGGCUAUGCUAUACUUUGAAAGGCUGAAAAAGUGUAAUGUCGACUAUUUGGAAAGAACCAUGCCAGCGGAUCUAUUUUUGGUAUCAUUGAUGGUUUCCUCGAAGUUUCUCUUUGACGAUGGCGAAAUGGAUGAAGUAUUCAUAGAUGAAUGGGCUGCAUCAUCUGGUAUGACUUGCAAACAAUUAAGACAACUAGAAAAAGAUUUUCUCAAUGCCAUUGAUUGGAACGUUUAUGCUAAUGAAAUUACUUUUUGGAAAAAACUGAAUGAAAUGGAAAUACAGUUGGCUAUUAAGGAAGGGAAAGCUAGAGGUCAUUUUACCUACACAGAACUGCAAACUUUAGGAGAUGUAUUAGCUCGAGAUCUCCACAGUAUUGUCCAAUGUGUUGUGGCUGUAUCAAUUAUUUUAGCAGCUACAUAUACAGCAGCUUUAUUCACCAUUGUUGGCUCUGUAGCUCUAGUUAGUACUAUACCAGGAACUAGUUUAUAUCAAAGUAGAAUUGUUAGCUGUGAAAUUCCUCCAACUACAAAGAAUGUGGCAAUAGAAGAAAACGAUGUGAUUGUCCCUUCACCAUCUAAUCAGUCUAAAGUUAAUGUUUCUAAAUACCACAGCCUCAAUGCUCUCAAAGUGCUUAAAGCAAGCAUUUUGUUGGCUUCUAUCAAAACAGACAACCAGAAUUAUUCCGAAACGGCAGCAACUGUGAGACUUGAAACUAAUAAUUCAAUGUGCCAAUAUGUUAGUUGGGAUUGGUGGAAUAUACCAAUAAUGAAUUGGCUAACAGAAACAUCUGAUUAUAUAAAAUCCUUCGAGAUACCCGCAAUCGAGAAUUAUCUAUAUUUUAUUGAAAAUGCUGCUACAAAUGAAAAAAUUGUUUAUUUGGAAGAUCAUAUUCAUAAGGCGACAAAAACACGAAUUCAGGAUCAAAUGGAACGGUCUUGGCAUAUGGAAUGGACCGACACUAUAAAACACAGUUUGACUUAUUUCAAUAUUCUGCCUCAUUUGCACAACAUUAAACAUUAAUUGUUUCAAAACUAAUGUACUAUAAACCAACCCAGGUUCUUUGAAGUGCUUUAUCGAAUUUGAAAAUUAUAUUAAAUAAAAUAAAAUAUUCAGAUAUAGUCGACUUUACUCUAACAAAAAUUAUUAAACUUGUAUUUGCCUGAUGGAACAUCUCUCACACAAUUUUCUAAACGUGCUCCAUACAUGUGUCUAACCAACAUUUUAAAGGUAUGUAGCAGGUUCAAUCCUGCUUUUUCUUAUUGGAAUAAAGACGAUUAUUGAUGCGAUAAUAAUGAUAAUCAAAUGUUUUAUUUUUUC